AUGGAUUGCAAGAACGUUCUGAUGUCGGAAGGAGUCGUGGAGCCACUUUUUCAGCUCCUCGUGCACAAGGUCACGAUUGCAAAGUUUGAUUUACUCAGGGACCUCGCAAAAAAAAAGGCGCUACCCGACUGCCCGGAAGAUUCGGAAGAGUUUUUUGAGCAUGGAACGGUGUUAUUUCUGGGCUCCUUCGGUCAAGCCGCAGGGCUUGAGCUCCAAGCAAAACGCGGCUAUGUGCGCUUCUUCUUCAACUGGACAGACCACAACAUCCUUCGAGUCAGUCACAUCAUACUGGUUACGUUCUCUGGCGUGUUUCAAUACUGCUCAGGAAGCUUCAAAGAGGCAAAUUCGAGCUUCAUCGCCUUAGAGGACAUGGAUACCGAUGUUGCCAUAAUGCUAAUCGAGUGGAUACAAGAAGACAAGUACGGCGGUAUUGCUUUCCAUGUUGGCCGUAAAACGCAUACAAAGGUCCUUUCCAGGUUGCCUGAUUCAGCUGAGCUGAACUGGACUAGAUGUAUGCGUGUUCUCAUGGCCGCCGACAAGUUCCAAGUCCACACAUUGGUGCACUACUGCAUUUGCCAUCUUCGUCGCCUCCUCACUCAAGGAAGCGUGACAUUCGACGAGAUCAUCGUAGUCCGCAAAAUGCUGCAACAGUGUACAGGAACAAAUACUACAAAACUUGGUCAGCUAACAUUUGUUGUUUUCCGAAGCCUCCAGAUAAUCUUCUCUGCAGCUAGGGACUGUGAGGCCUAUGUAACAGCUCGAGCAGCGUCCGAUCCAUCAAAGAUGUGGAGCAUCUUAGACUGCGGAAGCAUCGAGAUAAGAAAACCAUGUGGCAAGGCCACUUCAGCAACCACGAAAUCAACUUGA